AUGAAUGAUUCGGUCUUAACGGGCAGGAUUGGGGCUGACAUGAGUGACACGAGGAAUGAUGGCGGCAGUGACGAUGAUCACUACGACUUCCAUGAGUACGAUGGAAAGUUUUCUGCUAUCCUGCAAGAAACAGGAAAGUGGAUUGAGAUGAUCACUAAGGAGAAGUUGAGAUAUCCGCUUGAUUUUCUGAAAUCCUUGCAAGAUGGAGUCAUCCUAUGCAAGUUAUUGAACAGCUUGAAAAGAGGCUGCAUCAAGAAGAUCAACAUGAUGCAGACACCUGUUGCCUACCUGGACAACCUGAGUUUGUUUCAGAAUGUAUGCAGGCAGGAGUUCAACAUGCAGGACUGCCAGCUCUUUGACAUCAGAGAUCUCGAUGACCUUGACAUUCGAGGAACCAUCGAGUGGGACGUGGCUGAUGUUGCUGAUGUAGACGAUGAAGAUUGUGAUGAUGACAAAGAGACUAUAUUAUAUUUGACCAGGAACCAAGAAGAAUUUGUAAAAGAAACUGUCAGACGUAUUAAUAAGUUGUUGUUACUCAGCAUCUCUGGUGAAUGCUCUUUAUUUGGUUCUCUACUCUUCUCUGGUUUUCAUAUUUUCUGCAAACCAGAUUAUACAUGUGGAAGGUGCUGA